AUGCUGAGGACCCUCCUUGCUAAACUGAACACACCUGCAGUGAGGAAAGACAAGGCACGACAGCUUGAUCUGUACUGUCAGAUAGGAGAUCUCUACAGGACUAAACUACACAACUUACAGUCAGCUCUGCAGUAUUACCAGAACAUGUUAGAGUGUUCUCAAGAACUGUCAGAAAACACAAAACAAGCGAAGGCCUACAGCAGACUGGGUCUGACAUGUGACAUGUUAGGUCUGCAACAGGAAGCAUACGCGAACCAUGAGAGAGCUCUGGCUAUCUAUAGAGUAGAAACCAGUAAUGAAAUUGACAUUUGUAUAGCUUACAAGAACCUGGCCUCAUCAUUAGCACUGUCAGAUCAAGUUUCAGAUGCAAAAACUAACUAUGAAACAGCCUUAGCUGUUGCCAUGGAGACAGGAAACAAGACUGAACAGAUGGACAUUUACUGUAAGCUGGGUGAUUUACACAGGGAACAGCUACAUGAACCACAGGUCUCACACAAGUACUACACAGAGAUGUUGGCACUAGCCAGGGACUUGGGGAGGAAGGACAGGGAGGGGCUGGCUUACAACAGACUGGGACUGGCUUGUGAUGACAUGCAGGAUUAUGAGGCAGCUCUAGGGCAGUUUCAGAAGUACUUAAAGAUGAGUGAAGAAAGUGGAAACAAGACUGCACAGAUAACAGCACAUCAAAACAUAGUUGGUUCCUACAAGGCACUGGGUAAACUGGACCUGGCCAGAUAUCACUAUCAAUCAGCAUUGACUCUUGCCAUGGAGAUAGGAAACAAGACUAAACAGAUGGACAUUUACUGUAUGCUGGGUGAUCUACACAGGGAACAGCUACAUGAACCACAGGUCUCACACAAGUACUACACAGAGAUGUUGGCACUAGCCAGGGACUUGGGGAGGAAGGAUAGGGAGAGGAUAGCUUACAACAGACUGGGACUGGCUUGUAAGGACAUGCAGGAUUAUGAGGCAGCUCUGGAGUGGCAUCAGAAGCACCUGAAGAUGAGCCAAGAAAGUGGAGACAAGACUGAACAGAUAGCAGCACAUCAAAACAUAGCUGUUUCCUACAAGGCACUGGGUAAACUGGACCUGGCCAGAUCUCACUAUCAAUCAGCAAUGGACAUUGCCAUGGCGACUGGUAACAAACAUCAACAGGAAAACAUUGCUGAAAACCUGGCUAAAUUGUAG